UAUAUAUAUCAAACUACUGUGACGAUAUAAUUUCAGUUCAAUUAGACCAUAUAUUAAAGAUGAUACUACCCCCAGUAUGGACCCUAUGCGGCUAUGCGUGUCUUGGUUUCCUUAGAUAUAUUAAUGGUAGUGCCAAAAUAAUGUUUAAUGUAAUUUUGCUAAGCCAGAAAAUUACAGAUGCACAACUAGUGUGGGUGGGGUAAGACGACAAAUUUUUUAACCGUGUUUACUGUCACUAUUGUCUAUAGAUAUGCAUGUACGCUUGUUAAGUCACUUAUUACGAAAGGAUUAAUGAAUUAUAUAUCAUUAAUGUAUUAAAAUUUGCGAUUAGCGUUUGACGACGCUUUGUAAGAAAGGACUUCUUUCAAUUUACUAAUAGAAAGCUUUAAUCAUGGAAGUAAUGAAAUUGCGCUAAUCUCAUGUGAUCUGUGGACGUCAAAGAUUUUUUUUUUUAUAAAAUUAAACUCCGUGGUGGAGUGUCGCUAAUCUCCUGUACUGUUGCUUUUUAAAACUUUUUAUGUUUUCAUGCAUUUUAUAUGGUAACAAAAAAAUGCAUUAAGAUGCAAGAUUGUAAUUGAAUAUAGGCAUAUAGUAAGAAAAUAUAUAUUAAAAAGAAAAAUUAAAGGAGGUUUAUUAGUUGUGUCAAGUUGGAAAAACAAAAGUUCAAAUUUGGCUUUGCAAAUAUUAACUAUUUAGAACAUUGUUAUUUCGAACGCAUUUCUACUCUAACUAGUAGUUAAAACUUAAAUGUUUCAUUUUAAAUCCAUUUCUUAAUUUGGCUUUGCAAAUAUUAAAUUUUUUGAAAAAAUCUAAAACUUCCAAGGAUUUUCCAAAUCAAUGAUAUAAUACACAACCAAUAAAUUCCUCUAAAAUUGAAAAAGUAGAAGAGUUUGCAUAUUUGGAUGGCAUCUUUGAUAUUUGUGAUCACAAAAAAAUGUUGAAUCAGAGCAUGGACGGCUUAAAUACAAAUAUCCUACACAUCUUAUCACUUGACAUGAUCAUCUGAAGUCCUUUUUUUAACAUGUUAAAAACAAGGUUGGUGGUGUGACAUAUCUAUUCUUGGUGGAAAAUAUUUCAAAAACACCAGUACAAUAUUUUGUCCGAGACUUUUGAUGCCGGGACCAUGAUCAUGCUCGAUAUUAUGUCUCUAGAUUUUGCCUUCAUUGGAUAUGAUAUUUGUUCUCUUCAAUUUGUUGUUGUCAACCAAACUCUUCAAUUAGAGUGGAUUGCCAAUUACAAACACAUUAAGUAUUUAAGUAUUCACAACUUCGGACCUAUUCCUGAAAUCGUUUUCCAUCAAAUAUCAUUUUCUUAUAUGUCUUUCAAUCAAACACCAUUUAUGCCUUCGACAUAAUAAAGACCUUUAGUCAAACCAGAGAAUUAACGGGACAUGAGUUAUUUAAGAAAGCUUUAAAAUUCUUCCGUUGCUUAUAUGUUAUAGUAACUUAUAAACAAUUAUGUAUUCUAAUUUAAUUACAUAAUUUAAUACCGUUUUUUUUUAUUCCAUCCUAUAAAUUCUAAACUGCUUUCCCUACCCAAACCAUCCAAAUAUCAAAGCAAAUAGAAGUCAAAGAGAGAUGGGAAACAAUUCAAGAGCUAUUUUCUCUUUAUUCUUAGUUGUAGCCAUAUGUGCUGCAAUUUUAAUCACUCCUGGAAUAGCUCAUGACGACAAAACACCGCCGCGCUCACAAUUUCCACCGGAUUUUCCUAUUGAUUUGGAAAAAUGUUGGUCAUCACUUUUCAAUACUCAGGGAUGCGUAUUCGAACUUUUAAAGUCAGUUUUUUCUGGUCAGUUUGGAAAUGUUGGAGUUGCAUGUUGCAAAGCAUUCUCGACCAUAGAUGCUAACUGUUGGCCUCAUAUGUUUCCGUUAAACCCAUUCUUUCCACCUUUGCUUAAGGACAACUGUGCGCACAUCGUCCCCAAUUCCCCCACAACCAAGUGAAAGCGAAGAAUCAAGUGACUUGAUGCUUUAUAAUAUAGUCGAAUUAGUUUAGUAAUCUAAGGAAAUUCUUCUAUACAUGUUCUAAGUGCCAUAUGAAUAUCAUCCAAUAAAGUCCAUUUGCGUAGUAAAUUAAUUAAAA